AUGUCUGCUCCAGACUCGUCAGCCUUUGCCACGCCGCAGAACCAGCCCAUUGUUGUCCGUGCCCGCGACGACCCAGUAGAGGUGCUGAACUUCGGGCCCAUCACAGGGCGAAUCCUAGAAGAUGGCUCCCGCACUGAAAACCGACUCGCCACUAUCCACUUCACGCUCGCCCCCUCUGCCGCGGGCCCGCCGGCCUUGUGGCACGAGAUGCAUGACGAGACAAUCCUGGUGCUGUCCGGGACGUUGCGAUUUCGUCUCGCGGGCGGACGCACGUUGGACUGUGUAAAGGGGGACUAUGUUGUCUUCCCGCCGCGGACACCCGCGACGUUUGAGAAUCCGAGCGGAGAGGAAGAAGCCGUGUUCGUCAACACGUUCACGCCGGCGUACUAUGUCGGGUAUUUCCGGCUGCUGGCGAAGCUGGCGGCGGAGGGUGUCGAGAUGACGCCGAGAGUGUACGAGAUGGCGAUGGCGAGGUAUGCGACGGUCGCGGCGCAGGGGAUCUGA